AUGUCGAAAAGCCUCAGAGUUGCGGUUCUGGGUCCCAAAGGGCAAUGUGGAUCGUGCGUUGUGGACGAACUCCUAUCCAGAGGUCACAGUGUGGUCGGAAUUUCUCGUUCGCCUCCUAAGACAUGGCCCAAGUCUGGAGAGUACGGCGGCAUUCCCUGUGACUUCAGCGACAUCAAAGGUCUGAGCAAGAUUUUAUCUGAUGGCGGUUUUGACGCAGUCGUCUCCGCCUUUGCUCCUCCCUUGUCCGACUUUGAAGCCGUCUAUACUGUAGGCGUGGAAGGCCAUGGUAAUAUCAAGAUGGCCAUCCUCAGAUCGACCUAUCGCGGUCCUUUCAUCAUUAUUGGUGGCGCUGGAUCGCUCUAUUACAAGAAUGGUGUCCAAUUGUGUGAUGAUGAAAGCUUUGCAUUCAAGCACUGGUACGCAUGGCCCGAUGUUCAUCUCGACUACAUGGCUACACGCAUGUUUGAUCAUGGGCAGCGAGCAUUCGGUACAUUCAUUCGAAUUCGAACUGGAAAGUAUGAGGUACAUGUGGAUGAUACUAUGGGCUCUGCUGAGUAUGGGAUUGACAACGGGAUCUAUAACGAAGAUAUGGCGGUAGCCAUUGUGGACGAGGUUGAGAACAAUAAGUUGACCCACAAGCAUUGGACAUGUACCGGGCCCAUUGGUUUGAAAGAUUGGUAG